AUGCGGGCGUUCGAUGUAUUCCCAGAGGAGGACUCACUAGUGACGUUUUGGACAAGGCUGCAAGUUGAUUUGACUCGCGAAAGUGUGCGCGGUACAUGCCAUUUACCACAUGGCCUGAGCCGUGAUGUGAAAGUCUUGGCAUUCUGUCCAGACGACGAAGUCGAGGAAAUGCUGGCAGCUGGGGCGGACUUCGCAGGUAUCUCCGAGCCGAUCAGAAGAAUAAAUCAAGGUUGGCUUGGUUUUGAUCGCUGUUUGGCAACGCCAAGCAUUAUGCCGCAAGUCCUCAAAGUGGCAAAGAUCCUGGGGCCAAGGAAGCUGAUUCCCAAUCCGAAGAGCGGCACGGUUGUCACUAACCUGAAAGCUGCCAUCAAGGAGGCGAAAGGUGGGACGCUGUUGGAGUACCGUGCAGAAGGAGAGGGCGAGGUGAAGGCGACGAUUGCCGACACCAACUUCUCAGAUGCAAAAAUCUUGGAGAACCUGAAAUUUCUGGUGCAGACCCUGCUGAGGGCCAGGCCCCGGUCGGCGGCUGCAGGUGAGCAAACUGAUGCGAUGCGGAAGCCUCCUGGCACCCCACUGAUCAAGGGCAAAGGUCCUGCCACGUCGGAAGUCAAGGCCCGUUUCUGUGCCGGUCACUUGAAGUCUCACAACGUCUCGGGCUGGGAGUCAGUCGUUGAUGCCAUCCUCUGUUGGCUACUUCAGAUAGGGCUGCUCUCGAGAUCAUUCUGGCCACCCGGAGUUGUGAAGAUGCUGGUCGCUCACAGCACCACUUGGCGACCAUGGUUUCGCAUACGGCACAGCGAACGCUUCGGCCCGACACCGUGCACUGUCAAGAGAGACAGGGCGAGUGCAUCGACAUCGACACUUGAAGACCCCUUCCUGAGCGUGAUCGGUUCCGAUACCAUGGACAUCCAUGGUGAAUACGAAGAGGAUGCAGUCGUAUGCAGUCCCAGCCCAAAAGAGAGGCAACGUCGUAGAGCAGAAUCGAUCCAGAAGUCGAAAGAGAAGCUUGAUCGUGUGGUAGAUGCGGAGAAGAAGUUUGAAACACGCAUGCGCCACAUCGCCAUGGGAAAGAAGGGAGGUAAGAAGAAGGCCCUGGAUCCCGAGGCUGCCGCCCGACAAGCAGCGGCGGAGAAUGAGGAGAAGAAACGGAUGGAGAUGAUCAGGGAAGCCAAGCGCUUGCGAGAAAAUUGCGAGCGCGAGGAGAACCACUUUCAUCAGUUCCUGAUGGAACGAGAGAAGAUUAACUACUUCUGGAUUGUGGAGAAGAAGACCCUGACAGAGAAGCAGGCUGAUCUCCGAAACAAACAGCGAGAACUGCAAGAUCUCGAAGAGCGACAGCAGAUCGAGCCAUGGCUGAAGAUGUUUCAGCAAAGGCUGAAACACUUAAGAUAUCAUCAGCAAGAUGAGGUCGUGGAGCUGAAGACUGAUGCCGAGCUGGGUUUGAAGCUCCAAGAAGAUCAUCAUAGAAUCACGGAGGCAGAGAUCAAAAAGGCACAGCAGGACUUCACUCGCAUGCUGAAGCUGGAGCAGGACCAGAAGAUCUUGGAGCUCAGACAUGAGCAGUUCGAUCGGAAGGCCCGUGACAUGCAGCAGAAGUACGAGCUGCGGAUGAAAACCAUCCGUGAAGAAAUGGAGAAGCAGCGGCGAAAGCAGAUUCAGAAGAUUGAGGUUAUGAAGAAGAACCAGCUGGAUUUCACUGAGAUUAAGGUCUACUACCAAGAAAUUACCGUGUCCAACUUCGACUCAAUCAAGCGCCUGAAGGAGGCUCACAGCUUUCUUCGUUUACUACGGGUUGGACGCUUUCAAGUCGGAGAUUUCUUUGUCAUGCGCGCAUCGACUGAGGACUACGCGGGCAUCAAGAAGGACGAAAAUGAUGAUGCCAAAAAGAUGUACGACCUAGAGCAGCGCAGGUGGCUUACACUUCUCCGGGUCGUCAUAGGCCUGUUGUUGGACUCGUGGCGCCCAGGAAGCAAGCAGCUCAAAGAGCCCAUGAAGAAGGCAAACCAGGACCUGCGACAGUGCGACGCCAGUGCGACGCAAGUUCAAUCAAGUUUUGAGGUUGCGAAGGUUUCUAAGGUAACCAUAUGCCAUAUGGGCGGCGAGGACGUUGAGCGGCUGGAGCAGGAGAAGGAAGCGUACAAAGAGGACAAGAAACGCCUUGCCCAAGUCAAGGAGAAGAUCAAGCAGUCGGAGACGCUUCUAAAGCGCAUGGAGUUUCAACACGAGGUCCUGCAGCAGCAGCUUUCUCAAGUGACUACAGAGCGGGAGGUGCAGCAGAGGAGCGGUUUGAAGAACCUCAUCCUAGAGAAGAAGAUAGACACAGUAGAGGAGGCCCUGGAGACAACAGAAGCUCAAAUCACGGAGCUUCUUGCGUCUGCCAAUGCAGCAUGCUCAGAUGGAGCGGUCUUCGCUUGUUGGUGUGGAAUGGUUGGUGGAACCUUGAUGAACCUUCUCUCUUCCCGCACCCGGCCCUCCAAGCCCAACAUGCGACGAACCACGACACGACAUUUCUGCAGCACAACAACCUAG